UACUGGGGAUCAAGCCUGCAAUUUGGGCAUGUGCCCUUAACCGGGAUCGAACCCAGAACCUUUCAGUCUGCAGGCUGAUGCCCUUACCCACUGAGCCAAACCAGCUAGGGCUGUUUCCCAAUCUUUGAUGGCACUACUGUGUCCAGUUAAAAUCAUUUUUAACUCUAAUGUGUCUCACUUUGCAUAUUUUAAAAUUGCAUUUCCUGAAUAUCUUGUCUAGCCAUUUCAAGGCAAAAUAAGGUAUCAAGGAGUGUAGGACAGCAGAGGGAAGAGUUGGUACUAAUAGGCUUCUUGUUUCUGCCUUAUGUUUUCACUGAUUAUUUCUGAUCUCUGGUGUCUGACCCUUUCCAUUUGCUGCUUUCUUAACUUUAGCAUACAGACUUUUGAAAAGCAGCAAAUAAAAUGAGCAGUUUUUCCUGUGCUUUUCUCUGGUAUCUUAAUUUCCUAGUCCCACUGCAAAUAUGGCUCUGCUUCCACCACUCCCAUGAAACUAUUACUCAAAAGUGUAUCAACCACUUGCUAGCUUUUUAAUUUGACUUUAUCCCUAAAUAUUUGCCAAUUUUUUCCCCCUCUUCCAGAGUUCCACAGGUUUCUGCCAUACUUCUUCCCAGUUCUUAAAUAUGUCUCACUUCCCUCUCUGGAUUCUUAAUGUUUCACAUCUGUCUAUAAUUUCGUUACGAGUAGAGUUCUAAGCCAGUGGUUCACAAAGUAUGGGUCCCCAACUGGCUGCAUAAACAUGCAGACCUGUAUCAGAACAACUUGAGUCAAAUUCUGGGGUUGGGGCCCAGCACUUAAGUUCUGGGUGAUUAAGAUGCAUAUUCCAGUUUGAGAACCACUGACUUCUGUUAUAGUCAUCCCUAAUACACUUGACACUCAGAUUUCAGAGCUCACUCUCUGAAGGUCGAUUGAUAUUUACAACUCUUGGGCAGCUACAUCUGAAUGUCCUGCAAAUAAAGAGAUUAGUUUGCAAAGUUUUAUUAGAUGAAUUAAGUUAAAAUCCCUGAGUUUUGAGUAAUGUAUGUGUGUGCUAGGAUUAUGUACCUUGCCUUGAAAUUCAGGUUUUUUUAAAUGAGUAAUCAUUACAGAUUGUAAAUUUAUAAAUCCUGUAGUGUACAAUUCCGUUUUCUUAAACUUGUUGAGAAUGAAGAAAAGUAUUCUAACUAUAGAACUUUUCACCCAGUUCUAAGAGUCAAGACUGUAAAGGAAGUUGCAUGGCUACUUGAACUUUUAAUUCUGAUCUUGCCAGGUAUCUUUUAAGGCCUUCUGUUUUCAAGUUGAACCCAAUUCCAAGGGUUGAAUAAAAUAUAGCACACUCUUCUUGAAGUCCUCUAAAAAUUGUGGCUAAACAAUAUCAACUUGAUUUCCUAUCUCUAAUAUAUUCCCACUAAUGUACAUUAGCAUUUCCUCUGGACUGGGAUGGAAAAAAUGCUAAAAUAUAAAACAUUGCUAAAUAGCAAUAAGAAUUGCUAAGAUAUAAACAAGGUAGGCUUUUCAUUCUUUUAGCAUGAGAAUUUUAAGUUGACUUUAAUUUAUUUGAAAUAUGCAUGUUUAUAGCAUUUCUUCAACUCAGUCCCACUUAAAGGGGACAAAAAAAUUGGUGUUCAUGCAAAACACCUAAUCUGUUAGACAAAUUGCUUGGUUAUGAAUAACAACAAUGAGGCAGCAUCUGCAGCUAUUCCUGUUGAGGUGGAAAGUGUAACGAGGAAUGGAUAAGCAUCUAGCCAAGUUUCUGCAUUGUAAUGCUUUUCAAACAGCAAAAGUGUGGAAUGAGGAGCAAUUGACAGGAGCAAUCUCCUGUCAAAAGUGUGGAAUGAGGAGCAAUCUCACAAAGCCCCAAAUGCAAAAAGGCUGGGAAAUGUGUAGGGAAAUGCUUUCAUACCCACUUUCCUAGCAAGAAUAGAAUUUAUGGAAAUCAUUUGGAUUGGAAAAGAAAUGGCAAAAGGGUACUCUUUACUGUCUCUACCAAGUGAGGCGAUGGCUUAGCUUAAGUGAAGAUGUGAUUGGAUAUUUUGCUCCUGAGAGACUAGGUUCAGAUUAAGUUCAACCUGCUUUGUCAUUCCAUUUACAUGACCAGAGUGCUUUCCAUGUUGGAUUUCAAGUCUUGGACAGCAUCAAGAUUUGAAAUCGGGUUGGAUUGUCUACUACUAAAUGACUCUGACUUUGGAUUGUCUACUACUAAAUGACUCUGACUUUGGAUAAGCUUGUCUGAACCUCAAUUUAGAAGAUAUUUCACCAAUUUCAUAGGGUUAAUUAAGAUUAAGGAAGAAUUAAGAUUUUUUUGUUAAUUCAACUAAUUUAUGAAUGAUAAUAAACUUUAUGGGGAUGUCUGUGAUGGCAGGGGUAUCUUAUGUACUUUAUUGUCCUUUCAGUAAAUGUUUUAUAAUAGAAACUUAGCUGUUCUUUGUGUUUUGUACCAGCACUUAACAGCCUUACAGAGUAGUUUUUCAAUUAUUUUGACAGUUGAAAUAAAGUAGGGAGUUGGUACAAGACAGAAGCAUAAUUCCUAUUCCGGGGAAAGUACCAAAAGAUAGUCUCUGAGUCUCCUGUAAGCAUAGUAAUAUUCAAGGAUUUAGGCUAUACAGGAAAGGUAAUUGAUACUGAAUUCUACAGAUGGUGGUUAGAGGGACUUUUCUUCUUCUUCUUUUUUUUUUUUUAACCCUCACCUGAGGAUAUGUUGAGAGAAAGAGAGAAACAUCGUUGCCUUUCUUAAGCACCCUGAAAGGAGAUCAAACCUGAAACCUAGGUUUGUGCCCUGAUCAGGAAUCAAACUCACAACCUUUUGUGUGUACAGGAUUAUGCUUCAACCAACUUAGCCACCCAACCAGGGCUGGGGGGAAGGGAUGUUCUUGAACUAAUAGAGGACAGACCUUGGCAAAGUUUUGCCUGAGGUCUAGAAAUCAAGCUUAUUUAGCUGGUAAAGGGUUAAUAACUUUCUAAGCCUAGUGAUGUUUGCAUAUUCCAAAUUCUGUCCUUCACACUCACUCUAAACACCCAUGGACUUGUGUAUUCAUGUCUGCCUACACAUUUCUAUUAUCUUUCUAAAACCACUUCAGCAUGCCUGUUAUGUUACUCACACAAUUUACAUAGCUAGACAAAUCCAAAUGAAAAACAAGCAGAACAAUUUACACAAGGCUAUUUAUAAUUUCACAGUUCAGUAAUGUAUUAUCUGCAUUAAAACGUCAUGGAUUAUUACUUGCAAAUGCAAAGAGCUUUUCGAGGAAAGUGGAAUAACAUUUUGAGCUCACCUAGCAAAGUUGCCAGGUAAAUGCAAAAUGGGAUGCAAUUAUCACCUGGGCAGAGAACAGUCUUAGGACUCUUCCUUAUUGAGUGACCUUAAACUUAAAUGAUUUUAUUCCUUACUGGGAAUGUAUAACGGAAUGAAGUGAAGAGAUAAGCCCAAGAUUCAGCCAAGAAAUGGCUUUUCCCUAGAAAGGUCUGCAUUUAGACUCCAGGAAUGUGAAGUAUUUGUGGCAGAUCACAUUGACGGCUGCUCAACAUAGAUCCCCUGUCUAUUCCUUGAAUUUUAACAGGUAGCAACUGUCUAGUCUAGCCCCUGGGGAAGAACUAUGAUUGUUCAAGUUAGUCAGCAAUUUCAGUCUUUUUUGCUAGAUACUUGUAUGAACUUCCAGCUUCUUAGUUCUGGUCAUUGGGAUAUGAGAAAGUCUACUGGGUUCUUAGGAUUAUUUCACAAUAAGAAAAGUCAGACAGAGAGGCCCUCCCUCCCUGUUUGAAUGAGGACUUAAUGUUUGGGGAAGCAGGAGCCAUUUUGUGUCCAAGAAGGAAAGGCCAAGAGAAUCGGAGAGACAACAAAUCAGACCCCUAUCACUGAACUGCUCAAGGACCCCUGGGAGCUAAUAGUUUCAAAGUUCUAUAAAUAGUAACUCUCUUUAUGGGUGCCUUUUCCCGAGUCAGGGAAGGGGGUGCUCUGCUUCAAGUCUUUCCAGUUAAACUGAAGUUUAACAGAAGGGGAUUGCCUUGUGAACAGCCAAACGUUAGUACAACUGAAAUAUGGCAGUUCAUCCCAGGACAUUUCCUGGAACACUAACUCCUGCGAACAGGUUACUCUCAAAACUAAGGUACUGGGAUAAUGAUUUCUGUCUUUUCCAGUUCAUACAGUGAAGACACCAUUUGUUCAGAAAGUUAAUCAGUGAACAAUUAUUCAAGAGCAUGUAAGUCCCAGGUACCACUAUGUGCUUGAUACUAAAGACACAAGCUAGAGUCCCUGCCCUCCUGGAGACAGACAUGAAGCAAAUAUUCCAUCAGAAAGUAGUGACACUUGAGUGAGCCCUGAGAGUAACUGGGCAAUAAGCGUAUGAGUGGUAGCCGUGGUCAGAGGAAGCUUCCCCAACGGAGGAACAAGUAAACUACUCACAAUCAGUUCCUUCAAGAUUAUUCAGGAUUCUUUAAUUGGGAAAUGAAGAGAGCAGUAGGGGUGGAGAGGAGGAGACACCAAGAAAUGGAGGCAGUAGAAAUUAUGGAAGUUGGCAAUUGAUGUGGAAGUGACAGUCAAGGAUGGGCUACUGGGUGAUGGAGGCACAUUCAUUAGUGUGGUCAACUGCAAAAAAUGGAUCCACUGUUUACCCCUCCUUGCAUCCCAGUCUUUUCAAAUGUGCCUUUGCACCUCCCUCCAUCAAGGAGUGGAGUCUUUCUCCCUACCUCUUGAAUUUGAGCUGGCAUUGUGACUUGCUUUGGCCAACAAAAAGCAGAGGUGAUGGGUUCCCCUCUGAGCCUAGGUCUCAAUGGGCCUUUUCCACUUCUAAUCCCUCUCUUGGAACUCUUCUCAGCCACCAUGAGAACAAGCCCUGGCCAGCCUGCUUGACAAGCAGAAACAUGUGACUCAAUUAUUGUCCCUCCCUCAUCACAGCUGACUGACAGCCAGCUGCAGGAUGAUGCCAGUUCAAGCCCUGUCAGCUCUCUGCAGAUGCCUGAAAGAGCCAACCAAGAUAAGCUGAGCCUGGCGUAGUGUAGGAUAACCACCCCAUUGGUCUUUAGACAUGUGAGCAAAUAUGAGGGGUCAUUAUUUUAAGCCAGCUUUUUUUUUUUUUUUAAUGCAGCAAAAGCUAAUACAAGCAGGAUAGAAGGAGGGGUGAGUAAGGGUGUCUAAUAGGCAAUUGGACAUAAGAAGUUGGAAUGCAGGAGGCCAGAAGCAUAAGGUCUUACAUCCUGCAAGGAUAAACUCCCACAGCUCUGCCUUGACAGGGUGGGCCCAGAAACCCAUAAUCAGGCCAUAUUUCUCUUUUGUGUUCUCUUCCUUCCACUCUCCACCUCACCCUAAACUCUCCACUUCACACUUGGAAGUCAGUACUGGAAUGAAUAGUGAAGCACAUGCAUGACUCAAGUGCAUAGGUCCUGAGCUAGAGCUUCCAGCCUCCCAGCCCAGUGGUCGGCAAACUCAGUCAACAGAGCCAAAGAUCAACAGUACAACGAUUGAAAUUUCUUUUGAGAGCUAAAUUUUUUAAACUUAAACUAUAUAGGUAGGUACACUGUUAUUAAUUCGGGUACUCCAAAGGCUUAGGAAGAGCCACACGCAAGGGGCCAAAGAGCCGCAUGUGGCUCGCCUGCCGCAGUUUGCCAACCACUGUCCUAGCCCAUGGAAUGCUUAUGGAGUGUUCGCUGAUGAGUCAAUGCAACUCGUGCCAGCUGAGGUGCAAACAACUACUGCCUCCAGGGCCUUCACAGAUCUGGAGCCUGGUCAAAGUGACUACAGCUCCCUUGUACUGCUACUAACAGCUCUCCCCAUCCCCUUUUCCCUAAUGUUGUCACCCCUCAUCACCAAAAAGGCAACAUUUGGCAGGAAUUUCCCUCCCACACUGUUGCAGAAAGAUCCUACUGAUUGCAGUUUUCCCUCUUCCUUUCGUCCCCCAGCUCCUAACUUUGAUCUCAGGUUCACUCCUCUAUUGACUCAGGGUCUCCUCUGCAGGGUGGAGGAGGGUUCAGGCAUAGCCCGGCGAGAGGCUCCCUGCACACUCGGGAUAGUGCCUGCAUUUCCAGCGUCUGGGGGCCGUGAAACGCGCAGGUCCCGGCAGAGAGCGUCAGGCGGCGAGGAGUGCGCAAGCCGGCUGCGUUGGUCUCCAGCUCACUGCUCCCGCCCUGGCCGCCACCGCGGGGAGGGUGAGCAAGAGGAGGAGCCUGAGGCGGCCGCUGCGCCCGGGUGCGCGCGGAGUCCUUUAAAAGCCACCGGCGGUGACAGCUCGGCGGUCCGCCUGGCCCCCAAUACCCCGAGUCCUUGCGCUGCCGGCUCGCCAGCCACCCCGCUGCGGCCGAGUCCUCGCUGGGUAGGCUUGUGCUCUGGCGGCCGGACGCUCCAUGCGGCCGCCCAGCAUGUCCGGGCACUUUCUGCUCGCGCCCAUCCCCGAGUCCUCCUCCGACUACCUCCUGCCCCGGGACAUCAAACUGGCCGUGCUGGGCGCCGGCCGCGUGGGCAAGAGCGCAAUGAUUGUGCGCUUCCUGACCAAGAGAUUCAUUGGCGAUUAUGAACCGAAUACAGGCAAGCUGUACUCACGGCUUGUGUGUGUCGAGGGAGACCAGCUGUCCCUGCAGAUCCAGGACACCCCCGGCGGAAUCCAGGUCCAAGACAAUCUCAUGCAGGUGGUGGACUCCCUGUCCAAAUGCGUGCAGUGGGCAGAGGGCUUUCUGCUGGUCUACUCCAUCACAGACUACGACAGCUACCAGUCGAUCCGCCCCCUUUACCAGCACAUCCGGAAGGUCCACCCUGACUCAAAGGCCCCUAUCAUCAUCGUGGGCAACAAGGGGGACCUUCUGCAUGCCCGGCAGGUGCAGACUGAUGAUGGUGUUCAGCUAGCCAACGAGCUGGGCAGCCUGUUCCUUGAAAUCUCCACCAGUGAAAACUAUGAAGAUGUCUGUGAUGUGUUUCAGCAUCUCUGCAAAGAAGUGAGCAAGCUGCAUGGCCUCAGUGGGGAGAGGAGAAGGGCCUCCAUCAUUCCUCGGCCACGCUCUCCCAACAUGCAAGACCUGAAGAGGCGCUUCAAGCAGGCUCUGUCUCCCAAAGUCAAAGCCCCCUCCUCACUGGGGUAAACUCACCUCAGACAGACUGCCUCCAUUUUAGUGUGCAUUUGUGCAGCUGAAAAGACUGGGGAGGGGGGCAGGGAGGUCUCCUUUAUAAUCACACAUUCAGAGUUUAUUUUUAUACAAACUAUUGGUUUGCAAUUGUAUGUGUAUUUCUGAAAAUUCAGUGAUUGCCUAGAAGUUGAAGAGUUGUUUUUUUAAAUAAAACUUUUUUUUUACUGUAACUGCUAGCCACCUUUCCAUUAAAGGCAAAAUGGCAACAUUU